UUGGAAGAUUUCUAGUGUACGGUUGGGUAAAAUGACUGAAAUUUAGUAUAUACAACCGUCCAAAUUUGGUUGAUAUUCAGUGCUUAAAUACUAAAGAUAGAAAGAAUUUUCGGAAAAGGCAUGACUUUCAUUCGCGCAACGUAACUGUCCAGAAACUAGUCUACAACUCGAACAUCUAAAUCACGUCUGUCGUUAAAUUUUCGACGAGAUCUUUCCAGCUUGCCCUGUUAAUCUUGAAUGCCUGGAAAAGUCUUGUUCGAUCACGAAUUUACCCAAUUUUUAUUCCCAGAAUUAUUUUGAACUCAAGCUGAAUUUAUUGUCAGAUUGUUCCCUCUCCUCCCAGAGCUCAUGAAGCAAAGUUCUGCUUUUUCAUUGUGUUUUUGAUAUUUGUUUCAUUGACCGCAUCAACUUGAUAGAUAGAGGUCCCAUUGCACGAAAGUCCUUGUUCUGUUCGGAAGUCUUCGUUUACAAAUUCAAAGUGGAGGCGAAUUUAGCAUUUAUACGACCAGCCAUAAUAGUUGAUUGUCCUUUAACAAAUCGGAGGAAAACUCUUCAUUCAAUUAGCUACAAAAUCAAAUCGAUCGGGAGUAUCAGUUCAAUUUUCACAGCUGCAAUCGCUGGACUUUAGAUCGAAUCAAAGAUCACAAGUAGAUCUUAUAGUUCUGGAAACUUGAGUUGUACUUUCAUUUAUCGACGCUUCAUUAGUCCAAUAAAAGAAUCUUCCGUGUUUAAAAGCACUGACUUGGUGACAUAUUUCAUCGCCAGCUGAUAUCAACAAAUCGUUUGCUCCCAAUAACGCAAAUUUAAAUUAUACUUAAAUUUCCUUUUUGAAAAUUGAUCGCGCAAAUACAAACAGUAAAGUCGCAUUAAAAUUUAUUAUUUUUUUGUUAUAAAAUAGCAAAAAAAGGAGCGAGUAGCGACACGCGUUAUUACUUGGUGACACGCCGACGCGUACACACUUGAUGUUGAGCGAGUAUUUCAUAUCAUUCAUUUUCUAAACAAUAAUUCAAUAUAUAUAAUGUUAACUCAGUUCGCUGUGUUUUUUCCCAGUAGGAAGCAUUGAAAAAAAUUUUUCAUCCUGUCUGACUCGCUAUACUCAAAAGUAUAUUCACGUGAUCUAAAAAAGUGGACAUUUUUUUAGUCAUUUUCUCAGCCAAUAUUUGCUAAUCAAGACUGAAGACUUCACCUCGGAGGAAUUCGCGACAGAGCGAAAAUUCAGCAAACAUCACUUUGUUACAAAUUGCAGAAAUUCUUGCGCUCAUUUGUCGAAUAUCGAGAUCUUUCGGACCAGAUUAUUCUUAGUGCUGCUUACUCAUCUGUUUAUUUACGCAGCUUGGUAUUAAAUCGACUGAGUAGUACUGAACUAUAAAAUAGUUACUAUCGUUACUACAUCGAAUAAGUUCGCAGCCUAGCCAUUCUUAAAGUCUGAGUCGAUUACUCUGUUGAAUUAUAAUAGCAUAAAACACCUUGCCUUGAUUAGUCCAGCCCCUGCACGUAAAUAUACUACAGAACUGCAUACAAUCUGAAAGUAGAUUGUACAUCUGAAUGAUAAAAUGUGUUCGAAAAUAAUCCCAGGCUCCACAAUAUUCAGCAGUUUUCCAACAACAUCCGCAGAUGUUAACUUAUCACCUUUUCAAUUAAAUUCGUCAUUAUUCAAAACAAAUUCAUCUAAUUUAGCUAUUGCAUCAUCGUCUACUAUCGAGUGUCCAUUGUCGCCAACUAGCCCGUUGGUGGUUGAACAACUUUUGAAAACCCCAAGGUCGGUUAAAAUGACAGCACCCUUUGCACCCAGAAGCAAGAAUACGUCAUCUCGUCGACUCAACUUCAUGAGUGCAGACCAGACUGAACUUACUUCGUCACCAUCAAAUAAAAACGCGGCGAAAUCUCCGGCGUGUCGUAAUUUGUUCAGCACUUCGAGCUCAGCUGAAAGCAAAGACGCUUGGAGAUCUUGGAUGCAGCAGUACAAUGUCGAGAAGCUUCAAGCGGCGAAAAGGAAAUACAACUUUGAUUUCGAAAAAUUCAAGCCAGUUGCUGAGAGUAAUCAGAACGGAAGUGCAAAAACUUACGAAUGGAGUCAAGUGGAAAUUCCAUCCGAGCUACCGACAUUUUAUACAGCUGAUCGACACAGUAGCAAUAGUUCGAUUACCUCGGAAGAUUUCAAAAAGAUGGUCGAAAUAGGAAAACUUCAGCUUGCAGAUAACGAAAUGGAAGAGUGUGAAUCGGUUUCAACUGCAAGUACAAGUAGUAAUUGCUCAGUGUUUGAAGUGCCGCAAUAUCAAACUAGUACACCGAUGAAGAUCAAUUUGGGAUCGAUUCCUGAAUCGACUGCGACUAGAAGUGCCUCGAAGUCAUCGACUGUCAAAAGGUCUCAACAACUCCUAAGGACUCCGUUCAAGAUGACGCCUGCGAAAAAAUCAGAAACACCGAAGCAACGAAGCUCAAUGUCAACCCGAAAACGAACAAUCGGAAAUAGUUCGACGAAGAAGAAUUCAAAUGAGAGCCCGAGACAGCCCGAAAUCACGGAUUACAUUCCGGCCUGUAAGAAAUCAAGAACGCAGGUCAAGAGAAAGCUGUAAUUACAUUUCUGAUUUUAUGGGACUCAAAAUGUACAAAAUCAAAAUAAACAAAUUGGCUGCUAUAUGCUUAGUGCUAACUCAUACUAUGAUUCAUGUUUACUGUGCAUUAGUAAAUGGUAUUAUCAAGAAAUCUAUAUGGUCGAAUGGAAUCCACAAGCAAGGAAUGUUUUUUAAAAAAUCCACGGUUUCAGAUAUGACGCUUAUUAUCGUGUUUCUUCCCAGGUUUUCAGUGAAUUGAAAAAAGUUGACUAAUUUGCAUUGGCUGUGCAUAUAUGUAUACUAAUCCAAACGCAAAGCAAAACCGAAUAAAUUAUUUUUGUUGUAGAAUUAACUUUAGUUUUCUUUUGUUUUCUCAAUUUAUCCUCUCUUCGCUUCCAUUUAUGUAAAUUUAGUCCGUGUUUGCAAGCCCAAUGAUUUUAAUAUCUAAUAUCUGAUUAAGUUCAUUAAUGAAACCAAAAAUUUGGUGCGUUGACCGUAUAUCUAUCCAAUCUCUUAAUAUCUGGGAUUUUUAGUCUGUUGAUUAGAGUACGGGCAUGCAAACUGGGAAUUAACUGGGCGCUUAACUAAGGCAGUAACUUGAUCGAUCCCGAUUGAUUGAUAAGUUAUUACCGGGACUAGUUUGGUUUACUUGCAUAUUUUUCAUUGUUUAAAUUUCUCUAGAUGUUUAGUUUAUUUGAAUCUUAGUUCGCCUACGGUCGGCCAUUUAUAUCUUUUGCAAAGUUUAAGUUUACACUAUAUCCGAUAUUUCUAACAAAAUCAAUAAACAAAAUGUGACUAUAA